AUCGGGAGACUUAGAUAUCAUAAGAUCAAUGUCCUAAACGUCUUAAUGAUGCACAAAUAGAGUGCUUAAGUCAUGUCAUCAAGAAGGAAUACUGUGUGGUCUGAUAUACCAGCUGUCACCCCAUGUCAAUGUAUCAAAAUGAGUGAUGCGGCGCUGGACCUCUCCUCUAAGUCCACGGCGACCAAAGAUGAUCAGAUAUCCCGACGAUCAUUUUCCGAUGACACACCGCCUUCGCCACGUACGCCAGUUAGAACCUUAUCAUCAUCCGACGGAAAUGAAAGUGACUCUUCGUCGUUACCCCCGUCAGCAAUAAAACCUGUGCCAGGACCUAUUCCAACCAGUAUUCGUGAUUCCCCGUGUUCAAAUCCAGACAUUAAUCAUGGUAACGGGGAUUCGUUACCAUCAUCACCGACAACACCAUCAUCAGCCGGCACUAGCCGCCCGUUCAAAUCGUAUCCAUUAGAAAGCAUGACCUCAGUGUUCACAUCGCCGGCUUCAGCUGCUCUUCUGUCAAGCCACGCAACCGGAUUACCGACGGGAUUACCCGUCGGGCUCGGAUUAUCAUCAUUAUACGAGAGUUCAGCUUCUUUUCCAUCAUUUCCUGUAACACCAUUAACAUCACAUCUUUUACAAAGGAAACGAAGAGCUGAGAGUAGAUCUAGUUCAAAUACCAACCAAGACAGUAAUUCUGACUCGGAAAAUAAAAAACUUAAACAUGUGCCUGAAGAAAAGAAAGACAAUUCGUACUGGGAAAGGAGAAGAAAAAACAAUGAAGCAGCUAAAAGAUCUCGAGACAAUAGAAGAUGCAAAGAGGAGGAAAUAGCAAUGAGAGCUGCAUUUUUGGAACAGGAAAAUCUGAAAUUAAGAGCUCAAGUGGCAAUAUUGAAAAAUGAAACUGCUAAAUUGCAUUAUAUGCUAUACAACAGAAUUUAGAUGCAUAUUUAUUUUUCAAAGACGUCAUCUUUCUCAGGAGAUAUCAUGUGCUCGUUAUCAGAUGUGUGUUCAGGGAUCUAUAAUUAUUUUUUAUAAGCUAAUAUUGUGUGUAAUUGCUUUGAUAUGACUUGCUAAUACGAUUGUGCUGAAUUUCUAAAACCAGAACAGAUGUUGAUUUGGGAAGAUGAAUUUCACAUAUAUUGAUUCAAAUGUUUCAUGAACUAUUCUAUAUGUUGUGUUAUCACAAAGCAUGUUCUUCGGGUAUUGACAGUUUAACAACUAGUUGGAGCUAGAAUUAACUAAUUUACAGUAAAUAACCCAGUGAGUAAAAUAUGUAGGAUUAUCUGUUUUUCACGGAAUCAGUCGACACUAUGAUUUUAAAAUGUUCAAAUAUUUUUAACUCAUAUGAAUAAGGUAUGGUACUUGAACUGUUUUGCAAGUGGUCUCUUUGAUUUAUAUAUUUCUAUUGUUUAUAUUUGAUUUUAAUUUUUGUUCUUUGGCUUCGUAAUUAAAUCCUACUUUUUUAAGAAAUGGCAAGUAAGCACUGUAGACAAAAGUUAUUUAUCACAUUGUUUUCUUGCCGUCUCCUGGACAAAGCGUAAUGCAAAGAAAAAAAUAAGUUUUACAAAUACCUAGCUACAGAUUCUGUUUAUUGUUUGCGUAAAUGUCGAAGUGCUUUGUAGUUCAAAACAAAGGAACUAUACACCUGAAAAUACCUCAUAGGCUGAUAUUGGUGCAUAGAUGUGUGUAUAAAUGAUACUGUUUGAAUGUAUUUAAGUGACUUUGUACUGAAAGAGAUUUUUGUAACAAUUGUGUGUUUUGUUUCUCAUACAGAUAAUUGAUAUUUUAUUACAAUUUUAUAUAAAGUAACGUCUACUUUAAGAUUUUUUUUAAUGCACAAAGCCGUUCUGAAUGCCUUCGUCGAACUUACAUUAUCAAAAAAGUCAAGUCCGUUUGUUCCAAUUUUGUGUGUGUGAAUAAAGUGCUUUUUGAAGUAUUACUAACAUUUUUGCUUAUAUAAGUAGUGCUGACGUAAGUCGUUAUUAAAAUGAAAACUUAUUUGCUUUCCAUCACUUAUAAUGUAUACAUGUUCUGCAUAAAUGUGCUAUAUUUUCUUAUAUUAAUCUUUAUUUCAUUUAUAAACCACCAUUCUUACAGUGUUGAGACUUUAUUGACGUCACAACAAGGUUUGUGUCGUAACUUAUACAUGUAGUUGAACUCCAACACAGUCCACAUUUUGCUAUAUAUUUUAGAUGUUUUAGCUUUCUCAGGAAUAUUAUUAAUUUCAUUUUACUCUUUUGUGAAAUGUUUUUUUUUAUUGAUUAUAAUCGAGAAAUGGCAUUUUUGUAACCCUCUCUCCUGUUAAUAUUCGUUUUUAAACAGUUCAUUCAUUUAUAUCUUAUGAAGCAAAACUUUACGGGUAUUUAAACGAUUCGGUUGACAUUCUGAAUUAUACAUUUUUAUUAUCAUUAAAUAAAGUUUACAUUAUGUCAUCUAUUUCUACUAUUUGUUCCAGUAAAUUUUAGAAUUUAUUGAUUUUAUCUUUAAUACUAUUUUUGUUAUCGGUACCUCAUAACCACCUCGAAAUAUCCAAGUGUGGCCAAUAAAAUAUGUUUCAGUCAUAAAGUAGCCAGUUGAACAAAAUGCUCAAAAAUUAUUGGUGUCAAUAAAUUUUAAGCGAUAACUUUGUUACUAUGUCUUCUAUAAUAGUUUCGACUUAACAAUCAGACAGCAUAUUUUCUCAUGUAUUUCUUUAUGCGAAUCUCACAUUUUGAUAUUCUUUUUUCUUAUUUCAAAGACAGUCUUAAUUGUGUUUGUCAUUUUUUAUUAAGUCGUGUAAGAGAAAUCAUGGAUUGUGAGUUGUUAAUAUAAUAUAAUAUAUGUUAA